AUGGACGUGACUUUAUUUUCAAAUGAGAGCAACCUGACAAUAAGCAGUCACCGGAACAACGCUGAUGAGGAUUACUCUGACGACGCAAAUAUCACUGCUAUUAAAAUACAUACUAGAUCACUAAACGUUCCACUGUUUGUACUGGUUUCGCUAUUUACAGCCGUAGGCAAUGGUCUUGUGAUUAUCGUUAUAGCAAAGAUUCACCGACUGAGAACAGCAGCAAACAUGACGAUCGCUAAUCUGGCCUGCUGUGACUUCGCACUCGGCAGUACACUCUGGACAGGAGUCCUACGCCGUGACACGAUGCCGCGUUGCGCCGUGUUUACGGGCUUUGCAAUGACGCUUUUUCAGCUGUCGUUGAUGGAUAUUGCACUCUGUACGAUCAACAGAUACGUGGCCAUCGUGUAUCCGUUACGCUACAACCAGCUGAUGACUCCUGCUCGCACUGAGCUGUUCUCAUAA